AUGGGCGCGCAAAAGCUUCUCCUCCUCCUCGCCCUCGUGCUUCUCCUUCGUCCGGGCGACUCUCAGCAGGAACAGACGUUCUCCGGCGACCCCUCAUUCCGCACCGGUCUGGACAUCACCGACUCCUCCGCGGUGAGAAAACUGUCUCCGGGGACGGCCAACGAACGGAGGCGGUCUACUCUGGGAAGCGCAAGCACGGUGAGGAACGUGAAGGACUUUGGAGCGCGAGGCGACGGAUCGUCGGACGACACCAAGGUAGUAGACCGGUCAGCAAUCUCUUUCGUCUCAGAUGAGAAUCUCCUUCUAAACCCCCGCGGACCCGCCCGUCGAUUAUCUCGUCUGCAGGCGUUCGCCGCUGCCUGGAAGGCGGCUUGCUCUUCCUCAGCUCCCGUCACUGUGCUGGUCCCCGAGGGGAAGGCAUACCGGCUCAAGCCCAUCGCCUUCUCCGGUCCCUGCAAGUCUCCAAUCACCGUAGCGGUGAGACACGACAACCCACUCCCCAGCUCCCCUCGCACCAAAAUCUUAUUGCGUCGCGCCUCCUUAGACUCCCUCUGUCUUUCAACUGUCGCCCACAGAUCAAGGGAACGAUUCUCGCCUCCGGAAGGAUGUCCGACUGGGACGGAGCGGACCGCAGGCUCUGGAUGCUGUUCGACAAGGUCGACGGCCUCAGAGUGGAGGGCGGCGGAACCAUCGACGGCAACGGGCCGGUGUGGUGGAAGGUCUCCUGCAAGGUCGACUCCGCACAGGUAGCAACCCCUCUUACUUUCUCCGCUUGCGCACUCCAUGGCACUCCCAGCGGAAACUCCUUCCGUCCUCGGCUUUGCUCCUCUCGACCCGCUGACUGACUCGCCUUCUGAUCUUUCCUCGGUGCGACGUUAAAAAGCCGUGCAAGGGUGCACCCACGGUACUUUCUGGACCAGACUCAACUCGUUCAGUUCGUGGAUUCCGAUGUUUCCGCGAGCUGACUUCUCUGGUUGACUCCUUGCAGGCGCUGACGUUCCAAUCCUGCCGCGGCUUGACCGUAACCGAUCUCAAGUUCAAGAACAGCCAGCAGAUGCACGUCACCUUCUCGAAGUGCGCCAACGUCCGGAUCUCCCGACUGACCAUCUCCGCCCCCGGGAACAGUCCCAACACGGACGGAAUCCACGUCUCCGGCAGCACCGAUGUUAAGAUCAGCGACUCCGUCAUCAGGACAGGUCCACCCUCCGCCUCCUCUUCCUCGGCCUCCCCCAUCCGAGAAGCCGGAAGAAUGCGAGCCGUGACUUCGCUUUCAAAUCCUCCCUGUAGGUGACGACUGCAUCUCCAUCGUCAGCGGCUCUCGCUCCAUUACGGCCACCAACAUCGUCUGCGGACCGGGCCACGGAAUCAGGUACACACAUCUCCCGGCGAUGUGCUGGGAUCUGCUGCUGGCCUCCUCUUCCUCUCACCCCCGUGCUCUCUCACUAUCUUCUCCCCUCUCCCGCCUUGACUCGUCUCAUCGGCGCUGGCAGUAUCGGGAGCCUUGGAGCCAACGGUGCGGAACACACCGUUUCCGACGUCUUGGUCGACACGGCGCGUCUGGAGGGAACGACCAACGGAGUCCGGAUCAAGACCUGGCAGGUAACGCCAUCUGACUGACUACCCAACCCGAAUUCUCUCGCGCUCCGUGGACUGACACUGCGACGACGCCGUCGAUCGGUUCUCUCCCUUCAGGGUGGAAAAGGGUACGCCAGAAACAUCAUCUUCAGGAACAUCGUGAUGGACAACGUGAAGAACCCAAUAAUCAUCGACCAGAACUAUUGCGACUCCCCCAAGUCCUGCGGCGAACAGGUGGAGCAUGCCAGCACCGCCCUUUUCGUCUCUCCUGCUUCCCGCUCUCUCUCUCUCUCUCUCUCUCUCUCUCUCUCUCUCUCUCUCACUCUCGCUUUCUCGCUCAGUUCCUCUCGUUAAUCUUCAGUUCGCCCUCUGCCGCGCAGAAAUCCGCCGUCGCCGUGAGCGGAGUGACCUUCCAGAACGUCAGGGGGACGAGCGCCACCGCGGUGGCCAUGGACUUCGACUGCAGCCGCACCGUCCCCUGCCGGGGGAUAACGCUGCAGGACGUCCACCUCGUCACCGCGAGCGGAGCACCUGCCAAGACCUUCUGCCGCAACGUCAACCUGUCUAAAUACGGCACCGUCGUACCGUCGACGUGCUCCUCCUGA